AUGGGCGAUGGAUGGGAAGCGUGCACACAGGGUGGCUCCUUGGUCAUGGCUAGGGGGAUCACGCAUAUUAUAUCCGUCAUAGAUUGGAAAUUUGCUGGCGAUUCUCCUCUUAUCAGAGGCUACCAACAUUUUCACAUCCCUAUUGAGGACAAUGACGAUGAAAACCUCAUCGAGUGGUUUCCUAAGAGCAAUGCCUUCAUCGAACGAGGGCUGAACGACUGGCAACAUGAUUUUCAAGAUCCAGGAGCAAAUGCAAGCGAAGAUGGAGACGCUGGCAGGAACAGCGGUGUGCUUGUUCACUGCGCAAUGGGCAAAUCCCGUUCCGCCACAGUCGUCAUUGCAUACUUGCUCUGGCACUCCCACCGCCAGAAUCCCUCCGCAUCUUCCGCCCUCACCCCUCAACACAAUCCCGCCCCCAAAAAAUCACGUGACACCACUCCCGACAAAUCCGACACCCUCACCCCCGAAACAGCCCUCGCCCUCCUCCGCGAAUCCCGCCCCAUUGCCGAGCCGAACGACGGCUUCAUGGAACAGCUUCACCUCUACCAUUCCAUGGGUUGUCCCGAUACCAUCGACUCACAACCAAAAUACCAACGCUGGCUGUACCAGAAAAAUAUCCAGGAAAGCCUAGCAAUCAAUCGCGCUCCGGAAGUUGAUAACAUCCGCUUCGAAGACGAGCACGAGGAAGAAAAUGAAGACGCCGGAACCAGUGCCGAGAAGAGACAUCUUGACAUCAAAUGUCGGAAAUGCAGACGCCUGCUUGCGAAAUCGAGUUUCUUAGUUGACCAUCAGCCGACGUCUUUAUCAUCAUCGAAUCAGAACCAGCGGCAUGAGAGGCAGAAGCAGAAGCAGAAGCAGACCGUCAUGGGUGUAGAUACGGAAAAGGAAUGUGCGCAUCUCUUCCUGCACCCUCUGUCAUGGAUGAAGGGGAAUUUAGAAAAGGGGGAGCUGGAUGGGCGGUUGAUCUGUCCGAAUCAGAAAUGUGGAGCUAAUGUCGGCAAGUUUGCCUGGCAGGGCAUGCAGUGCAGUUGUGGUGGGUGGGUAACGCCGGGGUUCGGGCUGGCCAGGGGGAGGGUGGAUGAGGUGGCUAUGUUGACGAAAACGGCGUAUGGGGCUUCAGCAGUGGCGGGUGUGAGGUUGCCACCCGGUAUGAGGAGGGAAGUGGGCCAUUUAUGA